AUGGACUGGACGAGGGCCCAAGAUGUGAUGCCCACGUUCACAGCCAUCGAGACGGAUCGGUUCCUUUCAUUGAGCAGCCUCGACUUUAAUAACUACUACAGCAAUGGGGAUCCUCGUCGAUGUCCAGAGCGAAGCAUAUUGUUCAAGGCUAAUCGUGUUCUUGAAAGUCGGCUGGAUUAUCUACUUUCACGGAAGGCAGAUGCUACCUCGUCUACGAAUGAACUAUUCGAUGUUUACAGAAAAUUAGGACAUGUAGCAGUUCUUGCCCAAGAUUGGGCUAAAGCACUGUCUGCAUAUCAAGAAGCAUACAAACUGAAACCUUUUGAUUAUUGGAAGGAUCCUGGCGCCUAUUUUGGAUUAGGUCUAGUCUACAUUCACUUCAAAGAGUUCAAGCUUGCGGCCGAUUCGUUUUCACGUUUGCUGUACACAUUUCCGAAUCUUGAUAUCAUAGUUGAAGUAAAAGCUAGGCUCGGCGUAUGCUAUCAAAACCUAAGCGACUACCCCAAAGCUCUAAAGUUUUAUAAUCAAGCUCUUUCUGAUCUAUCAGAGACCCCUUUUCUAUCGAAAACCCAUAUACGAUUUAACAUGGCUUUGAGCAGUGAGAAUGCUGGUGAUCUUGCAAAGGCCGAAGAGGAGUACAAGGACAUUCUAGCGGAGCUCGCUGAGUCCCAAAAUCAUCAGCAAGACAGGCAGUACACCCAAGAACAGACUAGGCUGGUCGCUGCAGUGAACAGACAACUAGGGUGGAUUUCGUAUCGUUUCAAUUAUCCUGAGCAGUCAGAAGAGAGAGCGCGAAGGCUUCGUGAAGCAGAACAGUUCCUUCAAACUUCGAAGAAGUUUGAGCCUAUAAAUGGAAAGACGUAUUACUACCUGGGUCGUUGCUAUGGUGAAACAUUGAAUAAGGCUCAUGAGGCGUUUCUCAACUACAGGCAUUCAAUUGAUAAAAGUGAGGCAGAUGCUGAUACGUGGUGUAGCAUAGGAGUGCUUUAUCACCAACAAAAUCAGCCUAUGGAUGCUCUACAGGCGUUCAUCUGUGCGGUAGAGCUUGAUCCUGAGCAUAGUGCAGCAUGGACAAAUCUGGGCGUGUUGUAUGAGGUUCAUGCGCAGUUCAAUGAUGCACUUGCUUGUUUUCGUAAUGCCAUCAAGUUCAAUCCAGCAGCUCCGGAACCGCUGAAGGCUCGCAUUAUUGUACUUGAGAAGGAACUUCAAACGUCUACUCAUUUCUCCAGUACUAGAACUGUACCUCCUAAUUCGUCGUUCCGGCUUCCUUGCUUGAAGGACGCGUGGGGGCAGCCUAUUCCGUCGGAGCUGAGAGUCAGGCAGGAAGAUUUUCUCAAGCAAAAACAUCAGCGGUAUCGCGACGGAAGUGCAAUUUGGAAGAUGGGGGAGCUAGCCGCCCCGCUAGAGGGCGUCCAGGAAGUACCGGUUGUUUCACCUUUGGAGAAAACGCAGCUGCAAAUGAUGAGGCUUCUCCAGAUGAACAAGGACAGAAUAAAUGAACAGGAGAAGGUAGUGCUUGACCAGUUGGAACUGCGAUAUCGCGAUUGUAUGAGUGAAUCCACUGAAUCACAGCAUAUCUUCACUCAAACAACCACAAGUUUUUCUUCAAUCAACGAAGUUGAUGUGAAAGUCAAUCGUCAACUCCCUGCAACAGCUAAUAUCAAAGAAGAAGAAGAUACGAAAGUUGUGAAAUAUGAACAUGAUGCUUCUCCACCUCUUGGCGAACUACCGUGUACAUUUAGUCUCCUUGCUCCCCUGUUGGUGCCGUUAGACAUCUCGUCUUCCGAGCUCAUGGAGAUGUGUUCUAAGCGAAUUGAUCGUCCUGCAGAGUUUACUCCGAUUUUUUGUGAGAAAGUGCCCCCACCACAACCGCCUGAUGCGCCCUGCGUCAAGUUAUCCCCCGCGUCGCCUGGCCGAUCAUCCGCUCUCCUUCGGCCGACUCCGCUUGUUGUCGUUGAAUCAAGGAAGGAUGCUCAAGCGCCGGAACUGCAAAGGUUUUGUGAGAGCUCUCCAAUAGCUCUCAUAAGGGGUUUGACCGGUGUACUGAAAAUGGAUCUCAGCCUGUUUUCCACAAAAACUCUUCUUGAGAUGGCACCUGACCAUGAAGUGGAGGUACGGACACAGUACAGAAUGCCGUGUGAUAUGAAUGUCGAUCACUUGGGUCAACCAACGUGGGAAUGUAUGAGCACACGGUCGUUUACAACGGUCAUGAAAUAUGCCCAAUAUCAAGCUGAAACCUUCAAGCAUUCGUUGAAAGAGGAAGCUGAGAAGUUGCGUUCUGCUGGUGCAAAAUAUGCUCAACAUGUAGCUGAAUCGGCAGGUGUCAAGAGAAGAAGAGGAAUCAAUGGAGACGAAUGCGCAAUGCCUAUGAAAAUGUUGAAGUUUGGCACAAAUGUUGACCUUUCUGAUGACACCAAAUGGAAAGCACAAAUACAAGAACUUGCGAAAAUGCCUCCUUUCUGUCGCAUCAUAGCAGGUUGCAAUAUGCUCUCUCAUCUCGGCCAUACGGUUCUUGGAAUGAAUACCACUCAGCUAUACAUGAAAGUUCCCGGGUCACGUACACCUGCUCAUCAAGAGAACAACUGCUUUGCUUCGGUAAAUAUCAACGUUGGACCUGGUGAUUGCGAAUGGUUUGGAUGUCCGUAUGAGUAUUGGGGCGUUGUUGAUAGAAUGUGCAGAGAUUUGAUACGAGGUCAACUAAUUAGAUCCUUGGCGUUCUGUAAGAUGGUUGCGAAUCUCUCGACAUCUCGUGGAAAGCAGUUGAAGCCACAACCACGUGCUAAAGGCGAAAUUACACAUUAUUGUACACUAUGCGAGGUUGAAGUGUUCAACAUCUUAUUUGUGAAAGAGAUCAAUGGAAAGUUCCCGGUGUACUGCGUUUAUUGUGCAAGGCGAGCGGGCCUCGACGACUUUAUUGUACUUCAGCAGUUGACAUUUCAUGAUCUUGCGAAAAUUUUCGAUAGUAUGCAGAUGAACUUGAUACAUAAAGCAGCCCUUGUCUGCUAA